AUGGCCUUAGCUAACAGAACUGCGCCUCCCACAGUGGAAAACCUCAAGGCCAUACUCCUGGCUGAUGGCUCCCACACACACCCUCCCUCACUCUUAUUAAUCUGUGUCUUCUUCCUUGAACUGCAGGGUCCUGACUGGACACUCUGGGAUGAUUCCCCUCCUACACCAGCAAGUACUGGCCUGGGUGUGAGAAACUUAAAUGCGCUGUUGGUGUGGUUACGAAUUACCUUGUCUGAUACUAAAACUCCUGGGUGGGCACUCAGUAUACCCAAGGAAGAGCAGAAGGGCCCACCUCAGUGUCCCUGCUCCUCUCCUGCUGCAGCUGGCCCUGGGUUGGCUUUCUUCCUUCUCCUCCAUGCACCAAAGGGGAGCCACAGCAGCGCUGUACCACAAAUGAAUGCCCCUGCCUCUACACACAGUGCAGGCCCCACAGCGCCUCCUUCCCGCGCUGUUCUGCCAAGGCUCAUUCCACACUCAGCAAAGACACUUUCCAGGAGCUUCUGGGUUUCCACUUCCUCCGCCACUGUCAUCAUCUGGGUGCCCUGUGGAGAACUGCGCCCUUCAAGAAGGGAGCUGACACUUUGUUCUGAAGACAGUGUCCUUUGCUUUACAGAAGCUUUUCAGUUUCAUGAGGUCCCAUUUAUCGAUUGUUGCUCUUAGAGCCUGUGCUGUUGGUGUUCUGUUCAGGAAGUUGUCUCCUAUGCCAAUGAGUUCAAGACUCUUCCCCACUUGUUCUUCUAACAGGUUUAGCGUAUCCAUUUUUAUAUGGAGGUCUUUGAUCCACUUGUAUUUUAGUUUUGUGCAGGGUGAUAAGUAUGGAUCUAUUUGCAUAUUGGGAAAGGAUCUUCA